AUGAAUCAAGUGCUGGCUCGUCCCUCGUGUCCGGAGGGACCGAGCAAUAAAACCCCCGCAAUUGAGGUUCCGGGGUCUCUCGCCCAUCUCCGCCGGGCACACUCGCGCAACGGCCAAGUCAAUCUCGAUACCUUCUCGCCGGUCAAUGAGAAUGGCAGCUUCGAGUUUGACCGCGUGCUGAAGACCGGACGGGUCUUUCGGCGCGUCAAGCACAAGCAUGUCUUCCGGGCCUCGUGGAAACCAGCUUAUCUCGUUCUGCGACCGAAUCUUCUGUCCGUCUACAAGGACGAGGAAACCACCCGCCUCCGCGUCUCCAUCACCCUUUCCGAAGUCACGGCCGUGGCGCCGGUCAAGUCGCCGCGCUCACAUCGCAAGUUUGUCUUUGGCAUCUUCACCCCGUCGAAGAACUACCGCUUCGAGGCCCUGUCCGCGCGCGAUGCCGAAGACUGGAUUCUUCGCAUCCGCGGCGAGACCCUGGCCGACGAAGAUGAAGCUGCCUUCCUUGCCCUGUCCCGGAAACGUGAGCCCCCGGCCAUUCAAAAACAAUUGAUCGAGGAUACCACCGACCACUCCGACUUCGAGGGCGCGGGCCGCGCCAGCUCUCCCGAACUGGGUCGCACCCUGUCCUUGCGCGCCCGUGCCCGCAAACCCCCUUACACCCAGGAUUACUCGGGCAACGAAAUUACCUCCUAUUCGGAGCUCUCAGACAAUGGGCCUCCUCCCACCCGAAAUAGCCGCCUACGGUCCAUGCCAUCCAUCCACACCCUGUCCCUCUCGGCGCCAGAGGACAAACCCAUGUCCUUACCGCGAGACACGAGCCGUCAGUCCGAGCUAGGUAUUCUGCGCGACCCGGAGCGGGUAGUUUGCCAAGGAUACCUGCAGGGAUUGCGCAUCAAAGGCACUGUGCGCCAGUGGAAACGGCUGUGGGUGGUCCUGCGGCCGAACGGUCUGGCUUUCUACAAGGAUGACCAGGAAUAUUCGGCGAUCAAGAUCAUCUCGAUGUCCCAGGUGAUCGAUGCGGCCGAGGUGGACCCUUUGUCGCGGUCCAAGACGUUCUGUCUGCAGAUCAUUGCUGAGGAGAAAACAUACCGGCUCUGCGCCCCGGACGAAGAGUCUUUGGCCCGCUGGCUGGGCUCUUUGAAGAGUAUACUCGUGGCCCGCAAGAAACUCGAAGCUGGUUCACCCGCUGCUGUAUAA